UACCUGUGUUGAGAUCACGUGAUCAAAUAAGCGACAUUUUGAACCAAAGAGUGUUUACCUGCGACAUGAAAUAGGAAAUAAGUUGAGAUCGAAAUUUUACUGAAUUUAAUGUAACCGAAAAGUUGAUUAGAAAUGAUAAAUUUGUUCACUGCCGUCGUUCUUUCAUCAAUAUUUUGUUCAGUUUUUGCUGUAAGACCAGAAAUAGUAGAUGAUAUUUUACCAGAGGUGAAAAAACAAGGUCAAACAGCAUACCUGAAUUGUUCUGUCAUAAAUUUACAGUCUCCAGCACAGUUGCAAUGGAUUAAACAGAUCACACCAACUGGUCUCCCUGAACACAUAUCCUCCGAUGAAACUGUUCGUGUUGAUUAUGUUGUUGAAGGAAGAAGGAAAUAUGAUGUGGUGAAAUACAGAUCAAACAAUCGUGAAAUGUACCAACUGAUUAUACGAUCAUUAACGGAGACUGAUGCAGGGAAUUAUACAUGUCAGAUCUAUCUUCCAAAUCAGAAUUACAAGGAAUGGCCUCAAAAGUUGGGGGAAUUAACUGUGCAAAUUGCUCCUACUAUAAAAGCUGACAGUGCUGCCAGUAUAACUGUACAGGAAGGACAAAAUAUCACACUGGUUUGUGAAGCUAACGGAAACCCUUCACCAAAUAUUACAUGGAAAAGAGGAGAUGGAUUCCCACUGCCUAAUGGUGGAUUCCAGCAAAGGGGUGGUACUUACAACGUUUACCAAAUCAAUGCUACAGAUCGUGGACAGUUUAUUUGUAUUGCUGAUAACAAUGUUAAACCACCAGCAUCGUAUACAGUGCAGCUUGAAGUAAGAUUUUCUCCUUACUGUACAGCUAUCCAGGAUACUGUGGGUCAGGCACAAAAUCGGAGGUUUCAUGCAAAAUUAGAGUGCUUAGUAGCAGCUAAUCCUAGAGCAGAAGUUAUAUGGUACAAAGAAAACAAAGCAACACAAGAAAAAGAACAAAUUCAGGACAAUGACAAAUACACAUUAGAACAACAAGAUGAUCAGAGAUUGAAAGCUGAUGAGAAGUGGUACACUCUUUCAAUAGAAAAUGUACAAGGAAAUGAUUAUGGAGAUUAUUAUUGUACAGGGAAAAAUGAACAUGGAGAAAAUGAAGCUAAAUUUCAACUUUUUGAAACUAUGGAAUGCCAAGGACAGGACUGUCCAUCUGUAUGAGCUGGGAAAACACCAUCUAAUUAUCAAGUUUCCAUGAUUACAUUUAUGUUUGGACUCAUCAUAAGCUACAGUUUCAAACAGUGCUUUUAAUUUUGUUGGAAAUAUACUUCACUUAACAUUUCAUGUAAAAAAAAAAAAUAACAAGUGUGAUACUUGAAUAAUUAUCAAAUAUAAAAAAAGCAAUGUACAUAAUAACUAGCAACUCAUGUAUAUAAUAUUUCAUUUGUGACAUAUAUUAUUUUUGCAGUUAUCUCCCUUCAUUAAUGAUCAAUCCUUAAAGAAUCAAUACUAUACUUGACAAUUUUUCAAUAAAACUAAGAAUUUAACAAUAAGAUCUAUAACAUGACUCUUGUAAAAUUUGACUCUUCUUGUCAUACUUUAUCUUUGGUGAAUAGUUGUUUCGUUGGCAAAUUAUACCACAUCUCCUUAUUUUUAUGUUUAUAAACAAUAUACAAAUAAGUACAUAUUUUCAAUAAUGUGAAGUAAUGCCCAUUUUAACUUACAAUAACAGUUUCCAUUGAUACAGUUCAAAUUGGAGUUGUUUUUAUUGGCUUCCAUGUUAAAAUGUUAACUGGUAGAUGUUUAUUAUUUGCACAUAAGUACAAGCAAAUCUACAGAAAGAUCUUUCCUAGAUCAUAGCGAUGAACUAAACAAGGCUUAUACAAAAGAAACAACAUUUUCCUAAUCUAUCAGUCAGUAAGACAAGUUGAAUUUGGUGGAUCUAUGAAGAAGAUUUUACACAUUACACUCUAGUAUGGCAGCAAAGGGAAAUUAUUCUACUAUAAAUACAAUAAGGGAAAUAACUCUACCAUAAUUAUAAUAAGGGAAAUUGUCUAUAAUUGUACAGAUACUGUCAGGAUGUUUGUCUGCUGAAAAUUUAAAAGAACAUGUUUAAUAAAUGUCUUUUUUAAUAUGAAUUACACAUUAAUCAAAAUAAUGGAAAACGCAUAUAUAGAUUUGUGUUCUUAUUUCAGGAGAUGCAUGCUUUUGAUUAAACUUUUGAUGAAAAAGGAUUUCUUUGUUUCAAGAAGUUUUUGAAAAUCAAUACAUAUUUUGUUCUGAAAAAAGGUAGAAGAUAUAACAGCAAAUAAAGGCAAACCUUUUUAUGCAUUGCCUCACAGAAAGCUAAGGGCAUAACAAAAUAUUAACAAAAAGUUUGUGAUCCUUAACAAAUUAGAUAAAGCACCUCGUAAUAUGUCUUCAAAAAUGUGUAAUGUUCUGAAUUUAUUUCUUUGAAAAAGAAAUUAUAUUUGUAUUACAUUUAAUUGAUUUUUUGAAAUUAUAUAUAUUUUUUACACUUUCAAGUAAAAUUUUGGACAUUACAAUGUUAUAUAUGUACAUAUUUACUGGGAACAUUUCAUAUCUAUUAUUAUGUAUUUGUAGUUAUUGUGAAUACACAAACUUCUGAAAUAUCUUUCGAAUCUCUAAGGUCUACUUGUUCUAUUAGUCUUACACAUUUACAUGUUUUUUUUUUUAAAUUUCAUGUAUUUGUGUAUAUAUAUAUAUUUAUAAAUUUACUAUACGCAUGAUAUCAAGUUUUCCCAAUUGAGAUUUGGUUAUAAGGGGGUUCCUUUAUCCUGUAUCUCUACAGGUUUUAAUCAAAUAUUCCUUGACAUAAUUUGAAAUAUAUUGUACCCAAGAAAAUAAUAUUCAAAACAAAGACUAAAUAUCCCAUAUAACCAGUUGAUAAAAAGUGUGCCCAUCCUAUAUCCUGUUACUGGAUAAUUGUGUUUAUUUUAAGCUACCCUUAUUUAGUAUGAGGUCCACUAGGAGGUCAUUUUUGUAUACAGUGUAGGUUUAAUGUCAUUGUACUAUAAACAGUCGGCUCUCGUAAUGACGAACGGCUUGGGACCAGAGAAAUUAAUUCAAAUCAAGGAAAUUUGAGAUAUAAAGAGUAAAUAUGUAUACUUAUUACUGUUUGGUCCAAACACUCUGUUCGAGUUAUCCAGAAUUUCGACUUAAAUGUGUUCGUUAUAAGGUGUUAUACUAUGCAUUUAGACUCACCGGCCUUUAAAAGCCUACUGUUAGUAAUUAUAAGUUGUCUGUUCAUUCGCCAGUUGUUCCUUUUAUUGUCUUUAGCCGUUACGGAAACUACCUUUUGGUCAAUUGAGGAACCAGAGUUAAUUAUAUUUUCAUUAGGAUGCUUAGUUUAAAAAUUAUCAGAUAUUUUCUACUGAAUCCUCUUUUCCAAACUGUAUACUUUAAUGCUUUUGUGAUUUGAUUAAAAAUAAUUGUUGAUAAUCUUAAACAUUAUGCAACAUGAUUAGAAAUGGAAGAAAAACGACAAAAGAUCUCUAUGAUUAUGUGAUCCCUAAAAAAUAUGAUUGAUGUUUAAAAUAAACUUCAAACAUGAACAGUCUGAAAUAACGAUACUGAACAUUUAAAUUACAAAUGUAUUAGGUUUAUAUAUUUUUUCAGCUAAGUAGGAUCUUUUGAACUUCGACUUUAUUCUGAAAUACUCAUUUCCUGAGAUUUAGAUGUAUCAGUUAAAUUUCAUCGAGACUUAUUAAAAAUUAUAAAUGAUAAAAUUGAGAAUGGAAAUUUGGACAACAACCCGACCAAAGAGCAGAUAACAGUCGAAGGCCACCAAUGGGUCUUCAAAGCAGAUUGUUUCAAUUUAUAUGCAAUCGGUUAAUAUUAUGAAAUAACAUUUGCAUAAUUUAAAAUGUUUUGUUCUUCUCUUCAAAUGAGAUACUUUAAUAAAAAAAACAAUUGAGUGCAAAAGGGACGAAAAGGAACUAAAUAAAUAUAAGCCAAAGUACAAGUAAAAGGGACAUCAUGUUUACCUACGUAUGCUCUAGGAAAACUAUUUGAUGAACAAGAAGCUCUAAUUAAAAAGUCCACGGCCAGAAUAAAUAUCCACUUCGAUAGGUAAAAUAGACCAUCGACUUAUAACUUAGUUGGUGUGCACCUGCGUCCCCAAGCCGUCUCCUGUCAACACAAAACACUUUUACAUUUCUAUCCAAAGAAAACAACUCAAAUGGCUUACUGCCCGACACACCAGCAAGAUAUCCCAAAUUUUAUUUUCAAAUGAGGACUCCUGGAACUUUUCAACGCACUAUCCAUACCUAAUGAAGCCCCAUUAGAUGAAUAAGGGUCGCGAGUCAAUUAACAACUCAAAGACUAUUUCAUACCUCAAUGGGUGAUGAACUUUUAUCAUUUACGAUGAAGCAGAUUAUUCUUGUAUUGUUCCUGCUUUCCUUCUUUUAUUUAACACUUUAAUCAUCCUUCCAAAACCAUAGUUAUAUGGAAGUAGUAAGCUGUCCCUCUGUUGUUAAUUUAAGACAAGAGGUGUGAUGCAUGUAAACACGUAAAAUUUAAUGUCUCCAAAGUAAGAUUGGGUUGGUUUGAUUAAGAUCUUCUUUGUAUAACAAAGGCAAAUAUGCUGUACAAUUAAAAAAAUGAUAUCGAACUAAAAUCUCAUCAAAUAUAUCAGGCUUAUAAUUUGCAUCUAGUCUCAUGUUUCGUCUACACAAGACUCAUGAAGGGCAGGAAUCAUAAUCGAGGGUAUCCAUGAACUAGCACUUGUGGGAUUCACAGACACUUCUUUCGUUGAAAUAAAGAAACUACUGAAACAGUAGAAAGAGAAAAAAAUAUCAAGAGCCAUUGCUAGGAAUCUGAAGUACAUAGAAUGACUGAUACUAUCUAGCCAGGAAUGUUUCCAAUAAAUUUAUUAUGUAGUUUUACAUUAUUAACCUAACUGUACUUAUGAAAUAAAUUUGUUUUAAAAUGA